UGCUCAUAAUUAUUUUUAUUUUUUUCUUGCGGUCUUCUAUUUACCUAAUUUAUAUUCAUCUGACCAGCGUCUGCAGUCACGCGCCGCUGUCAGCCAAUCAGUAGUCGAACGUCACGGUACGUCAUUAAUAUUCAUGAGCCGAACUCACCAAAAUAGGAAGCGCUUUGUAAAUACGAGUAAAGGACUCGCUGGAGUGCGCAGAGAACAUUGAGUAGAGGUGUUUUCAAUACUUUUUGAGACUUGAACUGUGAGUUAGGCACUUUAUCCAGGUGGACAGAAACUCCUGAGCGAUGGUCGAGGUGUUUUCAGGCCGGACUCUUCUGAAUAAAGAAGGAGAUCUGGUGGAUCCAGAGCAAGCACUCCGGAAUAAAGUAGUGGGGCUGUAUUUCUCGGCUGGAUGGUGUCCUCCGUGUCGAGACUUCACCCCGCUGCUGUGUGAUUUCUACACCGAGCUGGUGGAUGAGAGCGAGCCUCCUGCCCAGUUUGAGAUCGUCUUCAUAUCCUCGGAUAAAUGCACAGAAGACAUGGUGGAGUAUUAUCAUGACAUGCACGGGGACUGGCUGGCUCUGCCCUGGACGGAUCCAUACAAACACGAACUCAAGAAGAGAUACAACAUCACAGCCUUACCGAAGCUGGUCAUCGUGAAGGAGAACGGUCAGGUGAUCACCGACAAAGGCCGAAAGCAGAUCCGGGACCAGGGUCUGGCGUGUUUCCGGAGCUGGCUGGAGGUGGCCGAGAUCUUCCAGAACUUUAAAGGCUGAGAAUCACGUGGAGCUUCCAACGAAUUCACAAGAGCUGCUGAAACCAACACUGAAAAGAGCCAGAACAUUCUUAUGCAAUUGUGUGCGAGAGCUUUAAACGUGUCUUUUCAGGUCAACAACCAACAAAACUAGUCAAAAGUUACUUAAUGCAGUUUUAAUAUCGUUUUAUAAUGUGGUAGUGAGCAGAUGUGUCCAAACUUUUGACUGGGGGUGUCUUUAAAAGGAAUAGUUCACCAAAAAAAAAAAAAGCUGAACAUUUACACAACCUCAGGUCAUCCAAGAUUAGGAUGAGUUUGUUUCUUCAUCAG